CUAUCACGUGUCCACCAUUUUCUAUUCAAUCAGAAGGACUGAUUGUCAGCCCAGCAUUCUGUAGCGAUGCAACAGCUGUCAUACAUUACAAAUCCGAGUGCUGGUUCUCUUGUAAGACUGGAUAUCAGCUGAGUGGGCCCAGAAUCAAGACUUGCAAUCGGCACAAAGAUUGGAUUCCAGUGGCAAAUCCUUCAUGUAAAGAUGUUUCCGCGCCUGUCUUUGCCGGCUGCCCUUCAAACAUUUUAAGCACUGUUGAUAGAGGUAAAACGUCAUCCCACGUGACCUGGACUCAUCCCACAGUUACAGACAACUCGGGCUUUGUUCCAAACAUUAUUCAGUUUGGAAAAAAACCCAGAGAGUUACUUUACGCAGGGGAACACAACAUACGCUACUUGGCCUCUGAUAAAUCAGGAAACGUUGCUGAAUGCAGAUUUAAGAUCUUUCUUCAAGUUUUGCGAUGCUCACCUAUACUACAAUCUCCAGUUGGAGGAAGCUCUUUUUGUACCAAGGGAAACCAGUAUGGAUCCGAAUGUUCCUUCGCGUGUCAUACUGGACACAAGAUGAAAGGCUCUGCCUUUAGAGUGUGUGAGAAGGACCCAGUUACUUCCCUUGGGUCCUGGACAGGAAACGAGACAAAAUGUGAUCUGAUCAAGUGCCCGCGUCUGAUCCCUCCUGCCCACAGUAAACAAUAUGGAUGCUGGCGUGGCUCUGUUGACAACACUUAUGGCGACAAAUGUCUGUUGUACUGUGACUUGGGGUAUCGGUGGGUAAAUGGAUCAACGGAGAGAAUAUGCCAAGCUAAUGGUACAUGGUCUGGAGAAGAGCCCUUCUGUGAAGCUGUCCGCUGCAAGUCUCUACAAGCUCCGAAAAACGGGAAUAUUUCUCCAACUUCAUGCACAUCUUCUCCAGAGUACCACACUACAUGUCUUAUCUCCUGCCGAAAAGGUUACAGACUUUAUGGAGAAUCAAUAACAACUUGCCUUAGAGAUGGAGGGUGGUCGAAUAAUGCCACUGCAAUGUGCAAAGACGUGGAAAGUCCUUCCUUUCGUUUAACCUGUCCAAGUGAUAUCGAGAGGUAUGCAGACAAGGCAAAAAAUUAUACACAAGUGUUCUGGCCUCCCGUUAUUGCCACUGACAACUCUGGUCUGGCACCGAAUGUGACUUCUAGAGGUGUGCAAGGCAUAUACUACAGUGGGAAGCACGAAGUCAGUUACAACGCUUCUGAUGGAGCAGGAAAUUUCAGGAUCUGCAAGUUUCACAUCACCGUCAAGACCUUGAGAUGUCAGACGCUGCUCUCUCCGCUGGGAGGAUCGCUUUUAGGAGAUUGUGAAAACAUUUAUGGGUCGACAUGCAAAGUGGCUUGUCAGGAUGGCCACAACUUAGUUGGGUCUAGCAUUCUUACGUGCCUUAGGAAACCAGGUCGCAGAACAGGAUAUUGGAAUGGUUCUUUCCCAUUCUGCCGGGCGCGGAGAUGUCCUUCUCUGAGGAGCCCACUAUACGGCCUUGUUAACCCACCUAUGUGUAAGUCGUCUCCAGUCAGCGGUACAGCCUGCUACUUCCAAUGCAGGAAUGGCUUCCUCAAAAAUGGUGGAGAAACUAUGAUGUAUUGUGGGAACGAUGGAAACUGGAGCAGAAACAUAUCUUCGAUUUUAAAAUGUCUUGAUGUGACACCACCUUCAAUAUGGUGUAUCCCGCCUCUUACUCUUAGCCGACAUGUAAACUUGACAGCAUUGGCAGAUUGGAUAGUUCCUGUUGCAUUGGACGAUAGCGGCGUGGCACCCCAAGUGACAGUCUUUCCUGAGGGGAUCAAGCCACCUCGCGUGAUCAAUGACUCACUUCUGGUUGAGUAUACGGCCAAGGAUCCAAGUGGCAAUGCAGCCAAAUGCUCUUCAAGAAUAGUCCUAGAAGAUCCUUCAGGUCCUGAAGUCGUUUACUGUCCUCCAAGUAGAAAUAUCACCGCACAAAACCGACACGUGGUCGUUACAUGGCCAGAGCCUCACGUUAAAGACAACAGCAAUGACAAGCUGCGAAUAACUUGCAACUAUAAAAAUGGCACUGCCUUCUAUUGGGGAAAAUAUACACUACGCUGUAAGGCGUCUAGUAGCAACCCAAACAACAAGCCGGCAAUCUGUAAAACUGACUUCAUAAUAAGACCGGAAAGAUGCAAAGAACUAAUACCUCCCAAAAACGGAGGCAAGGCUUGUGAUGAUUGGAUGUUCGGAAGGAUAUGUGUACCAUUUUGUAACAUUCGAUAUGAUUUUAGCGACCCAGUGUGGAAAGAAGUUAGCCCUUGGACCUGUGGAUCUUCGGGUACAUGGUUUCCUGUAAAACGCUGGCCAGACUGCACAAGGCAAUCGCCUCCCAAUAGAGUGAGAAUGGCAGUAGAUUUGCGUUACAGUACUGGAGAUUGUGACGGAAUCGGAAGGAGUAAAAUAAAAGAACUCUUUAUAGAGACUCUCAACGCGUCUUCUCUCAUUCAUGCCUGUCAAGAUCAAUUUGUCAGAGAUAAGUGUAAAGCUGAUAAUGUUGCGGUCACGUGCGAGUCUGUUGCCAAAAGCAAAAAACGUUCCGCAGGUGAUAACAGCCACUUCAGAAGACGGCAAUCUAUUCCACAAACAGCAGUCAAUGCCGAGAUAAUUGUUGGGCUUGAUGGGAUUGAAGGAAACGACACCAACGAAGGGCAAAUCAUGAUCGGAGAAGAAGGAAUGAAAAUUGCCCACUUCAUUAGAAUUCUGAUUAAAGAAGCAGCUCAAAACGGCAGCCUUCGAUUCUCAGUCAAUAGCUCAGAGUUUGUCCCUGAUAAAGAAUCGCUCAUCAUCUCAGUCCCUCAGCUCUUUUGUGGCCCGGGGCAGAUUUACAAGAAUGCAUACUGUCUAAACUGUAGCUCUGGGAUGUUUUUGAACAAAACCACUGAAAAAUGUCAAGACUGUCCUCGUGGUACAUACCAAGACUCUGAAGGCCAAGAACAGUGUUUGCCGUGUCCACCAGGAACCUCCACUAUAGAAACAAGGACCGCACACCGCAUCAGCUGUUUUGGUUUUUGCAAAGCUGGUUCUUACUCACCCACCGGUCUUGAACCAUGUCUCCCUUGCGAUAAGGGCUUCUAUCAAGAAAUGGAUGGACAGAAAAAUUGUUUGCGGUGCGCAGUAAACCAAACAACAACAUCUGAAGGUUCCAAUAGCUCUCUGCUAUGUGGAGAACCUUGCCCCCCUGGAUCGUUUUCUUCUACUGGAUUGGCACCAUGCUCUUUAUGCGACCGACGCUCUUUCCAGCCACGUUAUGAAAGUCAGAUAUGUUUCCCAUGUCCAGGAACCACUAUAACUUUACAUCCUGGAUCAAGGUGGGCACAAGAUUGCGUAGAAAUCAACGAAUGUGAAUCAGACCCAUGCAGGAACAAUUCAACAUGUACAGACCUCAUUGGAGAUUACCUGUGUUCUUGUAUCUCCGGUUACACUGGAAAGCAGUGUCAGACCAACAUGGAUGAGUGUCGAGACCAACCUUGUUUCAAUAAUGGCACAUGCCAUGAUCUUAUUAACAACUACACUUGCACUUGCGCACGAGGUUUCCGUGGUUUGAACUGCGAAUAUGAUAUCAACGAAUGUGAUUCGUCACCAUGCGCCAACAAUGCUUCUUGCCAGAAUCUCCCAGGAGGAUACAAAUGCCACUGUGAACCUGGUUACACUGGGACUCUCUGCGACACUGACAUCGACGAUUGUCUUAUAUCCGCUUGUCAGAAUGGAGGUACUUGUCGAGACGGCAUCGAUAACUACGAGUGUGUCUGUGCUUGGGGAUUUCAAGGGGAUAACUGUGAAGAGAAUAUUGACGAUUGUGCCGGUAAUCCAUGUCACAAUGGAGGCCAAUGCCUCGAUGGUGUUGGCAGCCAUCAAUGCACUUGUCUAAAGGGCUUUACUGGCAGUAGUUGUGACAUUGACAUUGACGAAUGUAUAAUGGCAGACUGCAGAAACAACGCCACUUGUAUCGAUAAACUAAACGGAUUCCUUUGCAAAUGCGAGAAGGGAUUCUCUGGAAAGAAAUGCGAAAUUGACAUUGACGAGUGUUUCUCCAAUCCUUGUAAGAACCAAGCAAAAUGCGUGGAUAUGGUUAACGGGUACAUAUGUGAUUGUCAGGAUGGUUUCGAUGGUUUGCACUGUGAGAACAACAUCGACGACUGCGCAACAUUUCCUUGCUCGAACAAUGGUUCCUGUCGCGAUGGUGUUAACAGUUUCAUCUGUGCAUGUCCGCCGGGUUUUACGGGGGAGCUGUGCAACGUGGACAUUGACUAUUGCACCUCUAAGCCUUGCUUCAAUAACGGUUCAUGUCUGGAUGACACCACGUCUUUCACAUGCCAGUGUGCCGAUGGCUUUGAAGGGGAGCACUGCGAAGUCAAUGUGGACGAUUGCAAAAAUGCUAUCUGCAUGAACUACAGCACUUGUAUUGACGGCAUCAAUGAGUAUAAAUGCGUAUGUGCUGAGGGUUUCGUUGGCAUCAAUUGCAAAAUAAAUGUUGACGACUGUGUGGUAAACCCAUGCGUCAACCACGGAACAUGCAUAGAUGCAAUAAAUGACUACCAAUGCAACUGCAAGUUAGGUUAUGCAGGCAAAAACUGCAGUGUGGACAUCGACGAAUGUGCUAGUUCUCCUUGUCACAAUAAUGCCACGUGCGUUGACGAAUUGCACAAUUAUACCUGCAUCUGCAGUGAUGGAUACAGUGGAACCCAUUGUGAGGUUAACAUUGACGAGUGUGCAGAGGACUAUUGUAACAAUGGAUCCAUUUGUCGCGAUGGAGUAAACGGCUACAGUUGUAAAUGUGCCCCAGGCUUUUCUGGUGACGAUUGUAGCACGAAGAUCGACGAAUGUGCAUCUUUUCCGUGUGACUAUGGUGGGACCUGCUAUGAUCAGGAAGAUGGCUUCUUCUGUGCCUGCAAGCGUGGAUUUACAGGCCAGUUGUGUAAUGUUAACAUAGAUGACUGUGUCUCCAGUCCAUGUCAAAACAAUGGCACCUGCUUAGAUCUUGUGGCAAACUACUCUUGCCAGUGUCCAGUAGGAUUUAAUGGGUCCCACUGUGAAACCCCCGUCGACUUUUGCUCGGAAUCUGGUAAUUGCACGGUAAAUGGACGUUGUAUCAACUCUCGCUCAGAUUUCUACUGCAACUGCAGCAGUGGGUAUUUUGGGAAAUACUGCGAGUAUGAAAUCCACGAGUGCUUGGCAAAACCCUGUUUUAACAACGCUUCCUGCCAUGAUACCGUUGACGGCUUUACUUGCUCGUGUUUAGAUGGCUUCACAGGGAGGCUCUGUGAACUGAACGUUGAUGAUUGUGUCAACAAUUCCUGUUUGAACAACGCCACCUGUGUCGACCGAACCCUUGGGUAUUCCUGUCUCUGUUCUGAAGGCUACAAUGGAACCUUUUGCCAAACAGAAAUGAAUGAGUGCGAAUCAACUCCGUGUUUAAACAAUGGCUCUUGCAUCGACCUGACUCCGGGCUAUAAGUGUAACUGCGCUGAUAAAUUCAUUGGAGAAAACUGUGAAAACUUCACAGAUCUCUGUUUUCCUGCACCCUGUCAUAAUGGAGGAGUCCUGAAUCAUUCUCCGCAUACUGUGCUAGUGUCCAACUUGGCUCUUUUGGCCGUAGCAUUUCUUUGGGCGAUUUUCAUUUUCAUGUACUUUCGGAAACGUCGAGCUCUAAAAUCCCCUAAUCGGCCCGAUACGCUACUCCAGUCAAUAUCUCUCGACACCAUAGAAGUUAAUCAGAGCGGGACACUUAGAGGUAACCCCUCUAGAAACCCUGUUGAGGUAACGAACGUGACAAAUCUUUGGGACUAUCAAGUGGGUCUCAAUGACCGCAAAGAAGGUUACUGUUUACCCAACAGCUUUCCUACAGUGCCUGUAUCAAAAUACAUCACACAAGUGGAAAGAUGUUUCAGCAGUUCCGGCGGAGAACUGAGUGCCGCUUGUGACUCUGACGUGAAGAUAAAUAUCGGAAACGGCGUGAUUGGAGACAGCCAGUCGGUUUUCUACCGUGUAAUAGACGAUGAAACGGAGUUGCUGAGGGAUAUCCCAGUAGGACCUCAAGAAACGCUCAUCUCCCCUGUGAGUGAAACUGGACCACAUGAUGUUAAGAUCUCAAAGCCUUUGGAGAUUAUAAUUCCACAUUGCCUCUACAUGGACAAAGAAGUCGAGAAAAACAAGGAGAAGUGGAUAAGUGUCUACAGAACUGACCCAGGUCCCAUCAAGUGGGAGACAAUCCCUCCUGAAUCAGAAAAAAAUGAUUCGUCAAAGGCAUGGUUGACAGCCACACAUGACUCCAUUCAUAUCAAAACGAAGACAUUCUGUUUCUGGAGCAUAUUUUCGCGCAGAGGAACGAGAAAAAAAAGAGCUAGAGUGUUUGCUAACAAGCCGGAUCUCAGAUCCGAUCUCAUUUAUUUGAGAUUCUAUAUUUACGAUGAUAACGAGGAUUCUAGGAAAGUAAGUGGUUAUUUAAUGAAAACAGUUCUUAAGAAAUUUCUAAAAUACAACAUAGGCGAGACAACUAAAAAACCCUUGACAAGUAAAAAUAACACCAUCGUCUUUUCAGACUGAGGUAGUUAUGGCUAUAAACAAUAUACAAAAGUAAAAAGGAUAUGAAACAAGGAAAAGGGGUGAUAGUGAUAAAAUCAAAAUGGAAGAAGGACGAGGCAAAAUGAAACGAGGAAAUCAUUAGUGAUUAGAAAUUGCAACUCUAUUGUAAUCUUGACAUCUUUUCUAAGCCUUUUAAUCUUUCUAACACUUUAAUCUUUUUAUACUUAUGCACCACCCCAUGAUACCGAGAAAGAGGUCGGGAAUUAGCUCUUGCGUUCGAAGGUUAGGGUUUAUUGUAGACUUCAGGCUCCGCUUUUUCAAAGGGCGGAUAACAUUUUCCUACGUAUAAAUCACUAGUCACCGGAUGAGGGUUAGCAGAACACUCUGCGCUAUCCAUUGGAUAAGGGUUAACAGAUAAGUGGAUGGCGCUACCCACACUUCGAGCAACCGGAGACAGGUCUCGAGUGUUACUACCCCUUUUAGUCCGCACAACUCUCUGUAUAUUCUUGUGGUUAACGUACGAACCUCAAAGUCAUCGCGUUUCUCACAAGCAUUUGUAAGUACAGAAAGUAUGCUGCCGUAGUGUAGAUAAAAACAUUCCUACUUGAGUGAAUGUCGUUUGCAUUGCGUUUGCACAACAAAAAGAAAAACCAAUGUUUGUUAGAAAUUCAGGGAAUCACACUCUUACAUGUUCAAUCACUUUUGAUAAUACUCGAUGCACCACUUUGCUGAUUCACAUAUCUUGCCUCAACAAGAGGGUGGAGAUCCAAGAGUAGCAUUUUUAAAUAGCGGCGAGGGCUACAAUAGAGAAACCUUUCAAAAUGUACAACUACAGCAAAAAGAUAAUUGUGAGACUUGCUAAACUUAUGGAUGGCUGGGAAUUAGACAACGAGGAAGAUGGCGAGAAGGUGUUCACUUACCUUCCUGGUUUUCGCUGUGAAGGAGCCUGUGAGUUCCUAGUGAAACAAGUUGAAGGUAGAGGGGGAAAUAACUUCAAAUGUCAGUUAAGUUUUCAACAAGAAAGCAGUGAUGAAGAGCAUACUAUGUAUGUGAUCACUGAGUUUGCACUUGAAGAGAGGCCGGAGCCGGUAAAUGAUCCCCGUGAAAACUCCACAGAGGCUGGUUAUCCGCAGGUGACAUCAACCACUCGCACGCACUUAAGCAACGUAGCUGGAUGCUCGACGUCCUCAGCACCAGACGAAAGUGACACGAGCAACUUAGAAGAACACUCACAACCUCCUCGAGAAUCAAAACUCCUAAGCAGCUUGCGGGAUAAAAGGCCAUUUCUAGAGAAAGUAUGUUGCCGUCUGGACACAAAAAUGCCGGGCGUUGGAGACUAUCGCGAUGUUUGUUGACACUAUGGCAUUGACAGUUUUAUAGUGACCGCAGUUUUUGAAAAAGACGAAGCCGGACCAUCGAGAGCCCUAUUGGAGCACUUAGCAGCCGCACGCCCACUGCUAACA